ACUGCUGUGAACCCUCCUACCGACAGCCAGAUGGGGCUGGCUCAGAUGCGGAAGUUUCAGUUUCCGCUCAGUCCAGUCCACUUGACGAAACUGAGAACAGAAGUCACGCUUCUCUCUCUGAACACCAGACCCGGCUUCACAAGGCAAGGUGAAUCAUGAGCAACAGCUACAGCGUCACUCUGGCUGGCCCUGCCCCCUGGGGCUUUAGACUGCAAGGAGGGAAGGACUUCUGUCUGCCCCUCACCAUCUCACGGCUCACUGAUGGAGGCAAGGCAGUCAAAGCAAACAUGAAUGUUGGAGACAUCAUUCUGUCCAUUGAUGGCAUUUCCACAGACCGGAUGAAUCACCUAGAGGCCCAGAACAAGAUUAAGGCCUGCACAGGCAAUCUCAGCCUCACUCUACAGAGACCCUCCAGUGCCCCUAAAGAUGUAGUGCCUAAGGACCAACCUCAAGAAAUCAUUAAGCCUGUCCCAAUCACUCACCCUGCCCCAAGCACCACAUACACCAAGCCACUGAGUCAGCCCAGUCCUGCAUACAACAAGACAGCCCGACCUUUUGGUGGGGAAAGCAGUGUGGUCACAGCUUCUUCCUCACCGGCUGCCCCUAAAGUAGCCUCCAUUCCCUCCGAAUCAUCCGCUUUCACGCCAGCUGCCCCUUCUCAACCACCUGCCCCUUCUCAACCACCACAGCCUCCAUUUCCACUGAAGUCGAGCCCCGCUGCCCCACACUCAGCUCCAGCAAACUCACUUCCCAGGCCCAGUCCUGGUCGCUCCGCCUUCACCUCCCCAUCCGCCUCUUCCUCCUCAUCCAACUCCUCCUCUCCAGCAAGAGUGACAGCCCCCUCCUCCUCUCAAGCCAAAGUGACAGCCCCCUCCUCCUCUCAAGCCAAAGUGAUAGCCCCCUCCUCCUCUCAAGCCAAAGUGACAGCCCCCUCCUCCAAUCCUAAUGUCCCACAGCCCUCUGUCUAUAACACACCUAUCAACCUCUACUCCAAUACCAAUGCUUGUGAGGUGGCCAUGGGACAGAGACGAGGUCUGUUGGAGAGCCAGGGGCUGUCAGAGCACUUCAAUGGGAAACCUAUUGAGGAGCCUGAGAAUCAUGCUUCCCCACUGAGCGAUGCCAGCAAGAAGCGUCUGAUUGAGGACACUGAGGACUGGCACCCCCGAACCGGCACCUCCCAGUCCCGCUCCUUCCGUAUCCUGGCCCAGCUCACCGGCACUGAAAAGGAGCAAGUUCCAGAGAACAAUGGAAAGAAUGAGGCAGUUGACAAAACCGCUCCCACUGUGCACACAUCUGCACCUCCAGCAAAAACAUAUUCCAAAUCUGCAGCAGCACCCAGGAAUGGCAACGUUGUCCCUGCUUCAGCGUUCAAAAGCCCAGCAGCCCAGAACAAGCCUGCCUACCAGCCCGGAGGUCCAUCAGGUGUUCCUAAGGGUGGAGCUGCUCCUUCAUUUGGCAAGGUUGCCAAGCCUGCUCCUAAAGGUCCAGACCGCCCCACACCACAGCCACAUCCACAGGACCUCAACUCUCUGGUGCAGCGGGCUGAGCACAUCCCAGCUGGCACGCGCACCCCAAUGUGCAACAAGUGCAACAAUGUCAUCAGGGGCCCAUUCCUUGUGGCCAUGGGCAUGUCAUGGCACCCCGAGGAAUUUAACUGUGCUCACUGCCACUCCUCCCUGGCAGAAAAUGGAUUUGUGGAGGAGAGGGGCCAGGUGUACUGUGAACGUUGCUACGAGCAGUUCUUCGCUCCCACCUGCGCCCGCUGCCACCAUAAGAUUCUGGGGGAAGUCAUGAAUGCCCUGAAACAGACCUGGCACGUGUCCUGUUUUGUCUGUGCCGCCUGCCACCAGCCAAUGAGAGGCAACAUGUUUCACAUGGAGGAUGGGCUGCCAUACUGUGAACAAGACUACUACAAUCUGUUUGGGACCAACUGCCACGGCUGUGACUUCCCCAUCGAGGCAGGGGACAAGUUCCUGGAGGCUCUAGGAUUCACCUGGCAUGACACCUGCUUUGUGUGUGCGGUCUGCUCUACUAGUCUGGAAGGUCAGCCAUUCUUCUCCAAAAAAGACAAGGCUUUGUGCAAGAAACAUGCCCACACUGUUAACAUCUGACCUGCCCCCAUGAGUAUGACUGGGAUUAGGGCAACAGUGUCGGUUUACAGCAGUUUAUAUUUCAGUCGGAUGUUAAAAUUGAUCUGAUGUAUCUGUUUGUGUAUUCAGUUAGAAUAACAAGGGUUAGAUAUUCCACUGUAAGCUUUGUUUUUGCUCUAAUAUUGUUAUAUCAUAUCAGUUUUAUAGAUGAAUAUGUAAGAGUACAUUUCAAUACACUGUUGGCCAUCUGCCCGUUCAAUGUCUGUGCAAGUGGAUUUUUAAUACAUAAGUGUUUGUGCUGCGCUUUUUGUUUGUACUGGAGGUGUGUUGAGCUCUUGAGGGGCAUUUUUUUCACACAGAAUGUGAUAGUUUAUACAACAACCUACUGAGUCCCUCGGGGGUCACACAUACAGUAUUAGGAAAAAAAACAUAUUGGUGUGGCAAUUUAAGCUUUCAGUAAAGUGAGUGAGAAAUGAUGAUCAUUUAACGUUUAUAGGGAGGGAAUUAUUUAUUUGUAAGCAAGACUUGGUCAGUCAACAUGCGUUCUGGCAACAAAAAGACUUAUUAUAUGGGCAUCUGGCCUUCAGAAUAAAAAUGGGAUAUUUUAAUAACAUAUUAUAAUUUUUUAUUGUUUUAAAGUAACGUGAUAUUUAACCAUUCCCAGUAAAGGAAAGCAAAAAAAGUCAUGUGUAGCAGUGUGUAAAUUAGACACUUCAGGUGAAGUUUCAUUGUUAAUGCAUACAAAUUAUAUACAAGGAUAAAUAGUGUGGUCAUUACGGAGCCAUAAUAGAUGGAGUGGUUAUUUUCUGUUGUUUAUGUAUAUUUUGUAAUGCUUAGGCUAUAGUUCAGGGGCAAAAUGGUUCAUGAGCAUGUUUACCAUGAAACUGUACUUCAUUCAACUAAUUCCUGGCAUUGAAAAGCAUAUAAUCUGAAUACUGUGUUGAUCAGUUCUGUGCUUAUAUCCUUUUCAUUGUUUUUCUGAAACAUUGAGGAACUGAACAUUUUGUGCCUUUAUGCUGUGUAUUUGUUCUCACUGAUAAUGUUUUUGUAAUGUUUGAUGGAAUUUGUUCAAUUAACACAAAACAAUGUUAAUAUAUAUUUCAGUUUUUCCUUCCUUCGUCUUGCACAGUUUCUUAGGAUAGAAAAUGUACUUGUGCAAUGGGCACUGUGCAUAAAGAAGCACCUCUCUCUUUCCUUUUCAUUUCAAAUAAAAUGGUUAACAUUGAAUACCAUAAUCAGAA